AUGCAUCUUGUGUUGAAGCGUUGGCAUAAAACGUCGUGGCAACUCGGCCUUCCAUGUGACCCGGGCCUAGGGAUAUCUACAACCAACCGCGACUCCAAGGCCGCGACAACGAACUGCAUCAUAUCAAAGACACUCUAUUUCUCCACAUCAAAGGUUUUUCUCGUUUUACUUCCUCUCUGCCGCGCAGAUCACGCAUGGUCCUACCCAGCCAUGGAUGUAGCGUACGAUCACAUCCAAGAGGAGAGCCUAGCUUCCUCCGGCAACCCCCAGGACGACUCCGAUAACCCCGAUCAGCCAUCGACCAGCCAGAGGCAGGACCUCACCAGCGAAUUUCAAGACUCCCUCCGUGUGAUAUCCGCUCAGCCUUGGGGUGCCCGUCUCGGUGGGCUGUGGAGUAAUGUACGGAAGCAAGGAGAAACGUACUACGAGGGAGCCCGCCAGGAAUACACCGCUGCGAGCGAGGAGGCGAUCAAGGGGUUUACCGGCUUGAGAGCGAGCCUAAUCGACCGAACCAGAGGGCUAUCGAUUAGUGGACUAAGUGCGCCUGAUGAGACGGACGAAGCGGCCGGAGAUCGAGAAGAAACGUCGACAGCUGACGAUGCAGCGACCAUAAAGCCUAGCGAUAAAGCAGGCACCGGCAGUGAUAAUGCUGAGGUGGAUGGGGAAGGGUUUAUCUCACGAUUCCGUUCCGAGGCUGCGAAGCGGUUAAAGGACCUCGAGAAGGCGGAAGAUGCAGCAGACGAAGCACUCCUCAAGUUCGGCACGAAUAUUCGAAAUUUCCUGCGUGACGCUGUUAGCAUCGCCCCGCCGAGUUCAUCCGACGAUAAUACGGAUGGCAAAGUGCUCUUCGAGAGCAGAGACGCAGAUGGCAAGAGGGUUAUCCACACCACCCGUUUUGAAGCCCAGUUGCAUGCGAUCCAUUCUAGCUUGGAGGGCUUCGCGACGGAUCCUGCCAGCAAGGAGUGGGACUCGUUCAAGGACGAAUUCGAGGUUGAUAAGAAGACAGAUGAUAUUUCGACAGACUUGGAGAAAUAUCCCGAGCUUCGAAAGGCAAUGGAAGCCCUCGUCCCGGAGAAGGUCGAGUAUGGCGAUUUCUGGCGUCGAUACUACUUCCUACGCCUAGUCAUUGAGACAGAAGAAAAGCGACGAAAGGACCUAUUGAAAGCAUCUACGGACGAGGAUGAACAUGUUGCAUGGGAUGAGGACUCCGAUUCAGAUUCACCUGCCACCCCACAUGUCAUGUCUCCAUCUAAACCAUCAAAGAGACCUGCCGCCAUUUCUGCGCCCAGCAAUGAGCAUCUACAGACUGGAGAACCACGCCGUUCAAAUGACCUGCAAUCUCAAGCUGGGAGCGAUGCGAGCUAUGAUCUUGUCAGCGGCACCGCCAGCCAUGACGCUAGCAGCCCGAAGGAAAAACCAUCUGAAACUGCAUCUAAGGAUGAAGACAGCGAUGAGGAAGACUGGGAGUGA